AUGUCUAUGUCACUCGAAGAUUGCGCGACAGCCCGUCCAGGCUUCCCGCGGCCUUUCCCAGACACUCCGUCAAAUGUCAUGGAACAGUUUCAGAUGAAGGGCAAAGUGGUUGCUGUCACUGGCGCUGCGGAUGGACUUGGCCAUGCAAUUGCGCAGGCUAUGGCCGAAGCAGGUGCGCAGGUUGCCCUUUGGUAUAAUUCAAAUGACGUCGCCAUCGAGAAGGCCCAGGAAUUAGAGAAACAGCAUGGCAUCAAGGCUUCUGCGUAUAAGGUUGAUGUUUCGGACUCUGAUCAAGUCUCGGAAACCAUCGCCAAGCUUGUAAAAGACUUUGGCAAGUUAGAUGUGUUUGUCGCCAAUGCCGCUAAUACACAAGAAGGAAUGGCGAUCUCCAAGCCUAUUCUAGAACAAAGCCUGGACGAAUAUCGAAAGCAGAUGUCGGUGAAUGUCGAUGGAAUUGUUUAUUGCGCAAAAUAUGCCGGCGAAGUGUUUAAACGCCAGGGCUCUGGCAAUCUGAUCAUUACCUCGAGCAUGAGUGGACAUAUCGUCAAUGCGCCAACUGAUCAGCCGGUCUACAACGCAACCAAGGCAUAUGUAACCCACUUUGGAAAAUCAUUGGCUCGUGAAUGGCGGGAAUUUGCGCGGGUGAAUAUCGUUUCGCCAGGCUUCUUCGACACCAAGAUGGGUGCGAGUCCCGAGACUGUCCACGAGGCUUACCGUAUGUCGGCACUGGGAAGACAAGGCCAUGUCAAAGAGAUCAAGGGAUUAUAUUUGUAUCUGGCUAGCGAUGCUUCUACUUACAUGACUGGAAGUGAUGUGAUUAUUGACGGAGGAUAUGUCUUACCUUAG